UCUAGAAACUUUGACUACAAUUCUUACGCGGCACCUCAUUUUACAAACCUUAAAUGAAUAAAUCCUUAUCUAAUCUAAAUUCAUAAAAAUCUAUUGUAUAUGUUUGGAAACCGUUUUAUGAUUCAAACCAAUGAAUCGUUCCGUGAAAGUCGCCGUUAUUGGUGCAGGCGUAUCAGGCCUUGUCGUUGCACGCGAACUUAAACGACAACACCAUAACGUCGUCGUUUUCGAACAAAACGAUCGCAUAGGAGGUAAUUGGAUAUACAAUCCAAAAACCGAAUCUGACCCACUUAGUCUCAACCCGAACCGAGAAACAGUUCACAGCAGUCUCUACAUUUCCCUACGCACCAACCUCCCAAGACAACUCAUGAGCUUCCGCGACUACCCGUUUUCGAAAUCCGAAUCCGAUCCGAGAACAUUUCCGGGUCACGAUGAAGUUCUCCGUUUUCUGGACCGGUUUGCGGAUGAGUUUGGGAUCAUCGAGUUGACCCGGUUUGGUGCGAAAGUGGUUCGGGUUGAAAGAGGGGAAGAAGGGUGGAUGAUUGAGUGGUGGAGUCGGGGAUCCGGAUUGGUGACCCGGGAAGUGUUUGAAGCGGUUGUAGUGUGUUCGGGUCAUAAUAGUUCACCGAGAGUUUUGGAGAUUCCGGGUAAAGAAAAUUGGAGAGGAUAUCAAAUGCAUAGUCAUAAUUAUCGUGUACCUCAACCCUUUCAAGACCAGAUUGUGCUCUUAGUUGGAUAUGGACCUAGUGCUUUUGAUAUCUUAGUGGACAUUUUACCGGUAGCAAAGGAGAUUCACAUAGCAGUUAAAGAGAACCCAUUCGGUGUGAAGUUCGAAAAUGUAAAAUACCAUGACAUGGUAAAAUGUGUGAAUGAAGAUGGCUCGAUUGCCUUUCAAGAUGGAUCCUCAAUUUUUGCAGAUACCAUAAUUCAAUGCACUGGAUACAAAUACUAUUUUCCAUUUCUUGAAACCAAUGGAAUUGUAACUGUUGAAGAAAAAUGUGUUGGACCAUUAUAUAAGCACAUAUUUCCUCCAUCAUUAGCACCUUCAUUGUCUUUCAUUGGUAUCAUUGAGAAGGAGCCCCUAUUUUCUAUUGUUGAAUUACAAGCCACGUGGGUUGCAAGAGUUUUGUCUGGUAACAUUUUGUUACCUACGGAAGAGGAGAUGCUAGAAUCUGUUCAAGAUAUCUACCGUGAAAUGGAGAAAAAAGGUUUGCCUAAAAGAUAUUAUCUCAUUAAAUUUGUGUGGCAGAGUGAGUACAAAAAUUGGUUGGCUGCACAAAUUGGGUUGCCUCCUUUGGAAGAGUGGAGGGAAAACAUGUUGAAAGAGUGCAUCAAGAAAUUAAUUGAAACACCCACCAAAUACAGAGACCAAUGGGAUGAUGCUUAUUGGAAUGCCAUCAUCCAAACUACACCCACUCCCUAGAAUCAAAGAAAGUGUUUGAUUUCUUCUACCAUAUAAAAUAAAGGAAUGUAACCUCAAAUAAUUAACCAAAUACAAAUGAUCAAAGUUCUAUUUAUAAUUUGAAAAUUGUAAUUCAUGCUUCAUUUGUGUCCAAUUAUUAUGAUGGUUAAAAUACUUGUAGGGUCUAAAUAGACAUAGACAUACUAAACUAAAGACAAAGAAGAAGAUAGUGGUGUUUGUAAGUGGCGAAAAGGAAAAAACAAUUGAGCCAUAAGAAAAUUUAGGAAUUAAUAGAGUUUAAGAACAUGAAAAAAAAACUUAGCUGUAACUUUGUGUGGUGAAACAAAUCACUUAUUGUAUUGGAAAUUGAUUAUGAUUCACAUGUCUUUAGGUCA